CAGCACUGGCCCCCCUGAUGGCAGUUGGCACUUCACUGUGAAACCUGCCAAGCUGGACGCCACAGCUUUGAACGACUGCACUUUGGCCACCACUGUGCCCUCUUCCGACCCAGCCAACCAUGCAGUCCUAGCCUAUGAUGCAGCCAUUCACGAAGAACACUAUGUAAGCGAAGCUGUGGAACAUGACGCCUCAGACUACAGGGAGUACAGAGAUGCCGGCACCAUUACUGAUGUGUGCAAUAGUACUGAUCUUCCCGAAGUUGAAAUCAUCAGCCUGCUGGAAGAGCAGUUGCCCCACUACAAGCUAAGAGCAGAUACAAUCUACGGGUAUGACCACGACGACUGGCUUCAUACGCCUCUCAUUUCUCCUGAUGCCAAUAUUGACUUAACAACAGAGCAAAUAGAGGAGACACUGAAAUACUUUCUUCUAUGUGCCGAACGAGUGGGCCAGAUGACUAAAACAUACAAUGAUAUUGAUGCUGUUACACGUCUUCUUGAAGAGAAAGAGCGAGAUUUAGAAUUAGCAGCUAGGAUUGGCCAGUCAUUACUGAAGAAGAAUAAAUCUCUAACUGAGAGAAAUGAAUUCCUUGAAGAGCAAGUGGAACAUAUCAGGGAAGAGGUUUCUCAAUUGCGUCAUGAGCUGUCCAUGAAAGAUGAGCUGCUUCAGUUUUAUACCAGCGCUGCUGAAGAGAGUGAACCAGAGUCCAUCUGUUCAACUCCGUUGAAGAGAAACGAAUCAUCUUCAUCCGUCCAGAAUUAUUUUCAUUUGGAUUCUCUUCAGAGGAAGCUAAAGGACCUUGAAGAAGAGAAUGUUGUGCUUCGAUCGGAGGCCUGCCAGCUGCAGACAGAAACCAUUACUUAUGAAGAGAAAGAACAGCAGCUUGUGAAUGACUGCGUGAAAGAGCUCAGAGACGCAAACAUCCAGAUUGCCAGCAUCUCUGAAGAGCUAGCCAAGAAAACCGACGAUGCUGCUCGACAACAGGAAGAAAUCACCCACCUUCUCUCUCAGAUAGUGGACUUGCAGAAAAAGGCGAAAGCUUGUACGGUGGAAAAUGAAGAACUUAUACAACAUCUGGGGGCAGCUAAAGAUGCACAAAGGCAGCUUACAGCUGAAUUACGAGAGCUGGAAGACAAGUAUGCCGAGUGCAUGGAAAUGCUUCACGAGGCGCAGGAAGAGCUGAAGAACCUUCGGAACAAGACGAUGCCAAAUGCCAUCUCACGCCGUUACCACUCUUUAGGCCUUUUCCCCAUGGAUUCUUUGGCUGCAGAAAUUGAAGGAUCAAUGCGAAAAGAGCUGCAUCUGGAUGAUCCCGACUCUCCCGACUUAACCCAUCACAAGAAAGUCUUUGACACAGUGCGAAACGUCAACCAGGUGGUGAAGCAGAGAUCCCUUACCCCAUCUCCAAUGAACAUCCCAGGAUCUAACCAGUCUUCAGCAAUGAACUCUGUCAUUUCUAGCUGCCUCAGCACACCACGAUCCAGUUUCUAUGGAGGAGACAUCUCCAAUAUUGUAAUAGACAACAAGACUAAUAGCAUCAUCCUAGAAACUGAAUCUGACUCUGGAAAUGAAGAAAAGAAGAAGCCUGGAACUCCAGGAACUCCUGGCUCUAGCGACCUGGAAAUAGCUCUCCGAAGGCUGUCUCUUCGGAGAGAAAACUAUCUGUCAGAGAGGAAGUUCUUUGAAGAAGAGCAGGAAAGGAAGCUAAGAGAAUUGGCAGAGAAGGGUCAACUCCACAGUGGCGCUGUUACUCCGACAGAGAGUAUCAUGUCGUUGGGAACUCACUCCAGGUUUUCUGAAUUCACUGGAUAUUCAGGAAUGUCCAUCAGCAGUCGUUCAUACCUCCCAGAGAAGCUUCAGAUUGUGAAGCCCCUAGAAGGUUCUGCCACUUUGCACCAUUGGCAGCAGCUGGCUCAGCCUCAUCUGGGGGGAAUCCUAGACCCUCGGCCUGGGGUUGUCACUAAGGGCUUCCGGACUCUGGACCUCGACGUAGAUGAAGUAUACUGCCUUAAUGAUUUUGAAGAAGACGAGACAGGUGACAUUACAUUCAAGGGCCUAACUACCUCAACGCCAGUUCAGCACACUGAGACCUCAGUACACCAUCCUGGGAAGUGCAUGUCACAAACCAACUCCACUUUCACCUUUACCACCUGCCGCAUUCUGCAUCCUUCCGAUGAGCUCACACGAGUCACUCCAAGCCUUAACACAGCACCUACUCCAGCUUGUAGCAGCAUUGGCAAUUUAAAAGGCACCCCAGUGGCUACUCCAUGCACUCCACGGCGUCUGAGUUUGGUUGAAUCCUCCACCAACCUUCGGGAGUCCACCACUACUAUGAGCACAUCUUUGGGGCUGGUUUGGCUUCUCAAGGAGCGUGGGAUAUCAGCGGCCGUGUACAAUCCACAGAGCUGGGACAGAGCUGGCAGAAGCACCCUCCUGAGCACAUACUCUCCGAAAAUGGCUGCCAUUCCUUCCACUCCUCCCAAUUCACCCAUGCAGACGCCUUCCUCUUCGCCGCCAUCUUUUGAAUUCAAGUGCACGAGCCCCCCUUAUGACAACUUCCUGGCUUCGAAACCGGCCAGUUCCAUGCUGAAGGAAGUGAGGGACAAAAAGAAUAUCAGGAAUAUCGAGAGUCAGACUGACGUGUCUGUCUCCAACCUUAACCUAGUAGACAAAGUUAAGAAGUUUGGGAUUGCCAAAGUAGUUAGCUCGGGGCAAGCACAAGCUCCUACGGUAACUGAUGAUCGAGGACCUCUUCUCUGUGGAGCACAAAGACCAGCCAAGGCCUUUGUUCCUGGAGGCCUAGUGCCAGAAGGCUUGCCUUUGAGUCCUGCUGUGACGAAUACUAUUGGGGGCAUUCAGUUGAACAGUGGCAUAAGAAGGAAUCGUAGCUUCCCAACCAUGGUGGGUUCCAGCAUGCAGAUGAAAGGGCCAUCAACCCUAACUCCAGGCAUCCUAAUGGGAGCUAAGCUUCCCAAACAGACUAGCUUACGAUGAAAGGCUAAAUGUAUGGCUGGUGGUAUUCUAAAGAGGUACCAAGAAUCCUCCUUUGGACUGUUUUUUUUUUUUAAAAAAAAGGUCUUUCUUCCAUUUGCUGUUGAGUUUGACAAAUCAACUUUGUGCCUAAUGGGGGAAAAUGUGUAAACAUUGUACAGAAUGUAAAUACUUACCAGAUGUAUUAUAAAUGAAUCAUGACACUGUUUUGACAACUUAACUUGCUAAUCUUUUGAAAGGGUGUUUUGUUUUUUCUUUGCACUGAAAAAAGCAAUCGGAUAGAAAAACUAGCGGAUUCUCUAGUUCCCCGAGCUUGACAUCAGAACCAGCCCUAUCAGGAAAGAAUCACCAAUCUUGCUUUCAUAUUUGUCAAAUGUCAGCACGCACUGAGUAACUUUCAUUUAGCUCAAGAAUGGCUGAUGUUCAUGGUGUGUUCGACAAAGCAAGUAACUUACUAUUCCGAUAUUUUGUUUUGCCUUUGUGGAGGAGAGAGAAUAGGCAGACUCACUGCUCUUAUGCCUAGCCAAAAAAAGGUGUUUUUCCCCCCUUAUACAAUAAACUUGAAAUAAUAUGUUCAGAAUGACCGCUAAGCCUGCUAGGAGUCUAGGGGGAAAAAAGCUGCUGAUGUUUUUAGCACGUUCAUGUUCUGUGUUCAGUACUGCACUGGAUUGUAGAAGGAAAAAAUGCUUUAAUUACAGACAUGGAGAACGUACCCUUUGCCACAAAAGAGAAAGUCCUUCGAAUGUUUUCUUGCUUUCACGAGGUCAAAAUGACAGCCUCAGUCUUGAGAGCCCAAAGUUACUGAAAAAAAGUUGAUUGUGACUUCGGUCAAAAUGAAAUGUAAAUGAAUGUACUACAGUAUUGGCGAUGUGUCCUUAGAGAAUAAUUAGGAAAAAUAUUUAGUGAAAGUGGUGCAGGUGAAGGAAAAGGGAACAUGAGUUGCCUUUCACUUUCUGUCCAGAUUUUGAGGUAUAAAAACGAUCCAGCGGAUAGUUAAAAAAAAAAGGAUUAGACUAUUUGUACUUAAAUACUGUUAAUUUUUUUUUCUUUUCUGUAUAUGUUUCCAUAUCAGCUACAUAUUAUUAGUGAGUGGCUUUACUUCACCUGCCUAAUACCACUGAAAGUCCUUGUCCUUAGUUUUCCUUCCCCAACUACUGCGAGUAAAAACUUGAAAUAACAUCAGACAUCGAGAACAGAUAAGAUGGUCCCCCAUCGGCCUCCGACCUCUCUUUAGACAAACUCAUGCUGACAAACGAGAGCCACGUAAGAGUCCUGAUGGGCAGCUCCCAUCCUUUUAGUGGGGCCUGCCCAAGAGAACUUCUGGGUGGUUUGUGUCCUGUGUCAGAAUGAUUUUUCAGCUUCCAUUUUGAAAUGGUUGCCGUUCUUGGGUUUGCGUGGAUCGCUGUUCUUCUGUGAUAAUUUAAAAUCAAACCCAGUUUAUUUAUUGAUGCCAGUACUGCACUACCUGUAACUACUGUGCAUUGCCAUUUGUGCCCGACUGUUACUGAAUCAUUAGCACUAAUAAUUACUUGUAUCAUGGACUGUAUUUUGCUUUUAAUGGAUGACAAAUGAGAUGUGUGUUUUUACAUGAAGCAAAACAGCCUCAACAUUGCAAGGAAGGUGGAGAAUUUGGGGAGCGGGGGGAGGGGGGGGCGAGAGCCAGCACAUGCACUCGACUGCCGCAUGUGCUUUUCCAUUUCUAUUUAUUCAAUGGACUUACAGUUUUUAGCACAUUGCCAUGGGCUCUACUUGCUCUUUGUAUGCGUGCACAUUACAAGUAUGUAACUCGUUAUCUUUUUAUCUGAAUGUAUCUUAAGACAACCAAUAGAUUUAACUAUUUGAAUAGAUGAUGAAUGUGUGAGGACCUUUUCGUCUAACUGGAGACCAUGAUACCAUUUGAGGAACAACGACAAAAAAAAAAGACAGUAUGAUUCCAUUGGAAUGUACUAUUUAAACAGAAGAUUAGCGUAUACCAGAGAAGUAAGUAGUGAAAACAAAAAUGACAUUUACAUUUUUCUCUUCAUCAUUGGACAUCAAUAAUACCAAUAAAGGUUCUGUUGUGGAUGA